GUGUCAAAGCAAGUCACAAGCUCCAGUUGCAGGUUCCAUCUCGCCUGAGACUGAUCAGGGUUGGAGAUCACAGCAUUGUAUGGAGUUUGGAUGAUUUGGCCAUAAAGGUCGUCUCCAGUACACACUAUAAUCAGUGCAAAUACUUUAACAAGUGUCACAAGCUCAAAGUUCCAGACAAGUCGAAAGACGUGCUUCAUUGUCCAUGGUAUGGCGGACAGGGCUGAGAAUAACUGGGUGUCAAACAUGUGCCAGGCCAUUCUCGCAGCGGAUGAUGUGAACUGUAUCGGGGUUGAUUGGCGCCGCGGUUCUGGAAGUGUAAAACUAUACGUCCAGGCGGCGAAUAACGCUCGCCUUGUGGGGGCUGAAAUCGCCUAUUUGAUAAAGAGGUUGCAGGAGGAGCUGGGAUAUGCUCCAUCUAACAUUCACAUCAUCGGGCACAGUCUGGGCGCUCACGCUGCCGGAGAGGCCGGGCGGAGACUCCCCGGAAUCAGAAGGAUCACAGGUCUGGACCCAGCCCGGCCCUGGUUUGAGAACACCCCUAAAGAUGUCCGCCUGGAUGCCUCCGAUGCGGGUUUAGUUGACGUGAUCCACACGGACACCAAUAUACUGUUCGGAGUCGGUAUGAUGAAACCGAUCGGACACUACGAUUUCUACCCAAAUGGAGGAGGUCACAUGACCGGGUGUCCAAGCAAAUUUUCCUUUUUGGUUAACAGGAAAAAUGCCCUUGAGAUCUUGGCGUGUAACCACUUCCGGUCCUUUCACUACUUCACGUACAGUGUCAGUCACCCCGACACCUUCACUGGUUACCCCUGCGAGAGCUACGAGGCCUUCACUCAGGGCUUCUGUUUCCCCUGUGUCCCUGGUGAAUGCCCCUCCAUGGGGUACUACGCAGACUCCUCCCACUUCAAUGCCUCCACCAAUCGGAGCUUCUAUUUGAACACUAAGGGCGACUUCAACCAUUUCUCCAGCUGGAGAUAUAAGAUUUCUGUGACACUGAGCGGAAGUGUAAGACAGUCCGGAAAGAUCUAUGUGACCUUCUAUGGGGGCGGCAAAGAAGAACAUGAGGUGUUCAGGGGGUCUCUGGUCCCGGGAGAGAUGUAUUCUGCCUUCGUGGACUCUGGGGUGAAGCUCCAGGCUGUGCACAAUGUCUCGUUCCGCUGGACUCGGACCCUCAGUCUCUUCACUAUCCCGCUGGGAGCAGAGAGAAUAGACGUUCAGGCCGGAGAGGACGGGACCAUUUUUUCAUUCUGCUCAAAUGAAACCCUUUCGGACGGCCAAGAACAACGUGUGGGCCCCUGUGAGUCGACGCAGACCCCCGUAGGUCCUGACAGAGGAUGAAGGAAGAUCAGCGGCUACAGCGGCAGCCCCCUAUCGUCUCCUGCUGCAGAUCCAGACUUCUGAGAUGUCAGUAACCAUCCGCUGCCUGCAUGUUACUCGCGGAGCGAUAAUGUUAUUUUUAUAUUAUUCUUUUAUGUUGAAGAUUCAAAGAUAUAAAAAUAAAAUAAUUUAUA